AAAACAAAAAACUCAUUUCUCUGCACUUCUUUGCCCUCAGAUUCUUCGCCUGCAGAGACCACAACAUCAUCCCAAGAUCCAAACAAUGCUAUCUUCACUCUUUGAAAUUAGGGUUUUCUCCGACAACUUUUUUAAUCCGUAAUUUCUUUUUCAGUUCGUAUCAAUCCCAUUGAAAUUGCCCCGUGCUCUUCGUUAUCGUUGAGGUCUCUAGUCCUGUCCCGGCUGCGAAAUUAAGAUCAGUGCACGAAUUCAUCGGACCAGCCCUCGAACUUUCCUGUGGUGUUUUAUCCUUAGUUGACUCUCGCUGAUCGUUCCGGGCUGAGCUUUUGGGUUUCCAUGUUCGACGUAGAGGAAUUUUCAUGGCUAGGGUCAGAUUUCGGUAGCUUUUUCUCGUUGUAGGUCGUGAUUCGGGUUUUUGGGGUUUUUGGUUUCUUGUAGCUUCGGUUUAUGUGGGUUUCAUUUAAUUCAGUUUCUCUGCAUGUUUAAGCCUUGAGGGGCCCUCUGCUAGGGUCGUGGAGGAGCCCUGUUGAACUCGGAAGUUGCUCCAGGUUUCAUUCUUCAAAGGGUUCCUUCUCUGACGAGUCAAAAAGUCAGCUGAAAUAAGUCAAUCGGGGGUUUCUAGGAGCUAGUUUCUUUGGAUUGUUGUCGUAUUGUAACUUUAUAAACAUUUUGGGGAUGUUUGGUUCUACAUCGGAUAAUAGCCGUGGAAACAUCAGUUCAUCAGGGCAAAUUCUCACUCCGGUGCGUUUCUUUUGGCCCCAUGGGGGGAGAAGGGUAUUUCUUAGUGGAUCCUUCACCAGGUGGACGGAACAUGUACCAAUGUCGCCAAUGGAGGGCUGUCCUACUGCUUUUCAAGUCGUUUGCAACUUGGCGCCAGGAUAUCAUGAGUAUAAAUUUUGUGUUGAUGGAGAAUGGAGGCAUGACGAGCACCAGCCUUUUGUAACUGGAAGUGGUGGAGUAGUCAAUGCAAUAAUUAUUGCUGGGGGACAGGAUAUGGUGCCCAUAGGUUUGAACACAGAGACUCUUGGCCGCUCGAAUAUGGAAGUCGAUGAUGUUGUCAUGCGAAUGGGCAAUCCAUCCCAGGAUUUCAUUCCUAGGAUGUCGAGGGCUGACGUGGAGGUUUCUCGUCACCGUAUAUCCGAGUUCUUGUCAAAACAUACUGCGUAUGAGCUACUUCCGGAGUCUGGAAAGGUGAUUGCAUUGGAUGUUAAUUUACCUGUGAAACAAGCAUUUCACAUACUCUAUGAGCAGGGAAUCCCUUUAGCUCCUCUCUGGGACUUUAGUAAAGGCCAAUUUGUUGGAGUUCUUGGUCCACUGGACUUCAUCCUCAUACUGAGAGAGCUGGGAACUCAUGGAUCAAAUUUGACAGAGGAAGAGCUUGAGAUGCACACAAUAGCAGCCUGGAAAGAAGGAAAGGCACAUAUUAGUAGACAACUUGAUGGAAAUGGGAGACCGUACCCUAGGCCUCUUGUUCAAGCUAGGCCAUCUGACUAUCUAAACAAUGUUGCCAAGAAAAUUUUGGAAAACAAGGUGGCAACAGUCCCGAUUAUACAUUCUUCUUCAUCGGAUGAUUCAUAUCCGCAGUUAUUGCAUCUGGCUUCACUAUCCGGCAUAUUAAAAUGCAUAUGCAGAUACUUUAGGAAUUCUUCUAGCUCACUGCCCAUCCUCCAGCAGCCCAUUUGCUCAAUCCCCCUGGGUACUUGGGUUCCUAGUAUUGGAGAAUCGACUAGCAGACCUCUGGCAACAUUGAAACCACAUGCCUCUUUGGGUUCAGCUCUCUCAUUGCUUGUUCAAGCUGAAGUCAGCUCGAUCCCGAUAGUUGAUGACAAUGACUCGCUGAUAGACAUAUACUCUAGAAGUGAUAUAACUGCUCUGGCCAAAGAUAAGGCGUAUGCACAGAUUCAUCUCGAUGACAUGACUAUUCACCGGGCUCUACAACUUGGUCAAGAUGCAUAUCCGCUUUAUGGCUUCGUCAAUGGGCAGAGAUGUCACAUGUGCUUGCGCUCAGAUUCUCUCCAGAAAGUGAUGGAACGAUUGGCCAAUCCUGGGGUUAGGAGGCUGGUGAUUGUGGAGCCCGGGAGCAAGCGCGUUGAAGGCAUUAUUUCGGUUAGCGAUGUCUUCAGAUUUCUGCUCGCUCUAUAAAUCUUCCAGCGAACCAACCCAACUGUCCCGGUUUCCUUAAAACACAAAAAAAAAAAAAAAAAAAAAA